AUGUCUGAUACCGAGGAAGUGGAUCAAGGAGAGGUUCAGGAGCCAGCUGAGGAAGCCCAUGAAGAAGAGGAGAAGCCCAGAAUAAAGCUAACUGCUCCUAAAAUACCGGAGGGUGAGAAAGUAGAUUUCGAUGACAUCCAAAAGAAAAGGCAGAACAAAGACCUGAUCGAGCUGCAGGCCCUGAUUGACAGCCACUUUGAAGCCAGAAGAAAGGAAGAGGAAGAGCUGGUUGCCCUCAAGGAGAGGAUUGAGAAGCGCAGAGCUGAGAGAGCAGAGCAGCAAAGGAUCCGUGCUGAGAAGGAGAAGGAGCGCCAGGCGCGGCUGGCGGAGGAAAAGGCACGGAGAGAGGAAGAAGAUGCCAAGAGAAAAGCUGAGGAUGACCUCAAGAAGAAGAAGGCUCUCUCCUCCAUGGGUGCCACAUACAGCAGCUACCUGGCUAAGGCUGAUCAGAAGAGAGGGAAGAAGCAAACCGCUAGAGAGACGAAGAAGAAGGUCCUGGCGGAGAGGCGCAAGCCCUUGAACAUCGACCACCUGAAUGAAGAUAAGCUGAGGGACAAGGCCAAGGAGCUGUGGGACUGGCUGUACCAGCUGGAGACUGAGAAGUAUGACUUUACAGAGCAGAUCAAGAGGAAGAAAUAUGAGAUUAUCACCUUCAGGAACCGAAUCGAUCAGGCUCAGAAGCACAGCAAGAAGGCUGGAGCCAAGGGCAAGGUUGGCGGGCGCUGGAAGUAAAGAGCCAGGCAGGAUGGCCCUUAGCAGCGUGCUGAAGCCCUGCUGGUCUCCUCUUUCCUCCUUCACCAAUCACUUGUGUUCCCACGCCUCAGCAACAACCAAAAAUCACACCACCAGCCUGUGUUGGCUACUGCUGCUGCUUUUCUUCUCCUUUUUCCUCCUGGAGGGGUCUGGCAGCUUCCUCAGGCAAAAGGAAGCAAGUUCCCUGUGGAACAGAGAUGACUCCUCGCUGGCUUCUUCACCUCCUGCUGAGCUUGUCCUUUACCCUCCUGAUGCCAACCCUCUGCUGUCCUGUAGAUUGCUGUGUACAAAUCUCUGGAUUUUGUAAAUAAAGCAUGACCAGUACCUACUCCCUGUGGCAGCCC